AUUUUUUUCUUAUUCUGCUUUUUACCGAAUAUUCGAAUUUAUUGUGAGAUCGCGGCGGACCGAUCCGAGUGAAAUUUUCGAACGAUUAUUUCAUCUAGUUUACUCGCCAAUUCUCUCGGACUAGAAUUCGAAGAUAUCUAUAAAGAUAUAUAUAUAUAUAUAUCCAUCACCUGCAGUGAAACCCGAACUCUGUGACGAGUCGCAAGUGCGGAGGGAAGAUAAUCGAAGAAGAAACACGCGACGCUAGACGGAGAAAACAUGCAUCAUCAGCAAAGGCGAUCAUCCUCCUCCUGCAGCGCUCAGGGAUCAAACUUCACGAGGUCCCUGCCCGGUAGGACGCUGGCGAUAGCAACGGCCGUCUUUCUUUUGUCCUCGAGUCUGGGUCUCGCCGACGCCGGAGUCCUAAUGGGACACCCGUUAGGAAAAAGGUCAUUCCUGGACAUUCACUGCAAGGGAGUCUACGACAGAAGCCUCUUCGCGCGCCUUGACCGCAUCUGCGAGGACUGCUACAAUCUGUUCCGCGAGCCCCAGCUGCAUUCGCUCUGCAGCAAGAACUGUUUCACGUCCGACUACUUCAAGGGAUGCCUCGACGUUCUACUUCUUCAAGACGAGAUGGAAGAAAUCCAAACUUGGAUCAAACAACUCCACGGCGCUGACCCCGGGGUUUAGACAAGACUGCUUCAGCACACAAUACUUCACGAGCUGUAUCCAGGUGCUGCUGCUUGAAGACGAAAAAGACAAGUUCCAGGAGAUGGUCGAGUACCUGGGCCGCAAGAAGUAAGGUCAAAGGUAAAGGAAGCUUGCCGUACGUAGAGGGAGGCAACGCGUCGUCGUGCACACAUGCAGUAUAACAUCGUAAAUUAAAAAUAAUCGCGGCGGCGUGAACGCGGCCUUAAUUCCGCGAGUGCUGUGCCGCUCGACGUACCAACCUACCUACCACCACCUACUUACAAAACCGAAAUUUUAGCAAAAAUUAUACAAUAUUAUUAUACACAUACCCUAUAUACUGUCUUUUCAACACCUCGCUUAUUGUUAGCCGAAUAUCAAAAUAUAUACAUAUACAUAUAUA